AGCGCCGCUGAGAUUCUGACUCCCCUCCCCUCCCCUCCCCUCUCUCGCUCUCGCCACGACGAGGCGCACUGAAUUCGGCGACGCCGGAGGCACGGAGCCCCAGGCCCUCAAUCCAGAGGCAUGUCGGCGGUGGGCUCUUCGGCAUCCUCCUCCUCCGCGAAGCGGUUGGAAGGGAAGGUCGCCCUCGUCACCGGUGGUGCCACCGGUAUCGGUGAAGCCAUCGUUCGCCUCUUCAGGGAGCACGGCGCGAAGGUGUGCGUUGCGGACAUCCAGGACGAAGCCGGCCAGCAGCUGAUCAACUCCCUCGGAGGAGGCGACAACCACCAGAAUGUCAUGUUCGUCCACUGCGACGUCACGUCCGAGGACGACGUGAGCCGUGCCGUGGACGCAGCGGCGGAGCGGUUCGGCGCGCUCGACGUCAUGGUGAACAACGCCGGCAUCACGGGCGACAAGGUCACGGACAUCCGCAACGUGGACUUCGCCGAGGUGCGGAAGGUGUUCGACAUCAACGUGCACGGCGCGUUCCUCGGGAUGAAGCACGCGGCGCGCGUCAUGAUCCCGAGGAAGAAGGGCUCCAUCGUGUCGCUGGCGAGCGUGGCCAGCGUCAUCGCCGGGAUGGGCCCGCACGGGUACACGGCGUCGAAGCACGCCGUGGCCGGGCUCACCAAGAGCGUCGCCGCGGAGCUCGGGCGCCACGGGGUGCGCGUCAACUGCGUGUCCCCCUACGCCGUGCCCACGGCGUUGUCCAUGCCGCACCUGCCCCAGGGCGCGCGCGCCGACGACGCGCUCAAGGACUUCCUGGCCUUCAUCGGCGGCGAGGCCAACCUCAAGGGCGUCGAUCUGAUGCCCAAGGAUGUCGCCGAGGCCGUGCUAUACUUGGCGAGCGACGAGGCGAGGUACGUCAGCGCUCUCAACCUCAUGGUGGAUGGCGGCUUUACAUCUGUGAACCACAACCUGCGGCCGUUUGAGGAUUAGCUCAAGUUGUCAGCCGCACUAUGGCAGUGCUCAAGGAAUAAGGACAGUAUUGUCACCGUUGUUCUGGUACAAUUCUGAGAUGUGGCAUGAACUUAUGUAGUAGGAUUCAAGUGUCAGCAAGACUUCUAUGUCAGUAUUUGAGCAAAGGGGUGAACAAACUAUUUGAUAUUCCAAAUAAAAAUGAUGCCAAAUUAGCGUA